GCCUAGAAUAUUUGUAACAUCAUCGGCACAUAUGGGUGUGAAAGGCUGUAGUAAUCACUGGAUAUUUUAUUUUGACCUCAGACGUGAAAUGGACUUUGAUCUGCCACCCACUUUGCCAGCCAGUGGUAUCGCAUGGGAGAGGGUCCUCCCGCCUCUUCUUCCCAGGCUGAACAGGACAUUCGGGCUGUCCUCAUUCACGCCGUCGGAGCGGCUCACCCCAGUGACGGAGCACACUGGCCCUGCACAGGUGUGUUGUGACCACAGUCAAUUCACAGUUCAGGUUGAUGUGAAACACUUCAACCCAGAGGAGUUGAUGGUCAAGGUGACAGGAGACUUUGUGGAGGUCCAAGGGAAACACAAAGAGAAAAAAGAUGGGUCAGGGCUGGUGACGCGACAGUUCAACCAGCGCUACACGAUUCCAGAGGGAGUGGACUCCAUGGCUCUGGAGUCGGCUGUGUCGCCUGAAGGCAUCCUCAUCAUAUCUGCCCCUAUGCUGCAGGGGGAGAACUCCACACACCGGUCCCACUCAGAACCAUGAGCAUACACGCGCUAGGAACAAACACACACAAUCCAUAGGAACCAGUGUUGGGGAGUAGUAAACUACAUGUAGUUCAACUAGUAAUUUAACUACAUUUUGCAGUAGCUUGGUGGCAGUUCAAAUCUUGGUAGUAUUUAGUAGUUAGCUACACUACAUGGCAAAAAAAGAAGUUAACUACUGGAAUUACACUACUUUUUUUGCAAAUAGAAAAUUAAAUAUGGGUGUAGUAAGCAAUCAUUUCCUUUCUUUUUCAGUAUUACUCCCUUCUAGUUCUCACUUGAAACAUAGUUGUUUAAUAUGCUAAAUUACACAUUCUGUUAACAUCUUACUCCAGAGUGAACUGUCUUUGCAAUUUGUAGUCUGACAUUUCAAACUUAAAUAUGAUAAUUUAUCACGAAGUAGUUUGAUGUAGUGAACUCUUUUCAAAUUAAUUUUAGUUAAAGAAAAUAAAAAUGUAGUUAAAGGUAACUUUAUUGUAGCUUAACUUCUUUCAGUGUGAAGUAAUUGGUAGCUUGGUAAACUAUGCACACACACAAAUACAGGCACACUCCUCCAGACAUAUCAAACACUCACCAAGGAACUGGUGCCUGCCUGUACCAAAACACCCAUUAACUAUGCCAUCACACCAUUAAAAUUCCCUACUCUCUCUCUGAGGUUUGUACAUAUUAACAGGACAGAUUCCUAAUUUAAAAGCAUCCCUCAUCCUAAAGAAUCCUAUUUAACUCAAUCUUAAAAUGUUUUUAUGGAACCAUUCAUUGUAAAUAUGAUAUAAAACCAUUGAAAAUUUUGAUUUGUAUUGUGUGGAGUGUCUAAUGCCCUCUAAGUCAUGAGUAAAUGUUUUAACACUCAGAGAUUUAAGUAUGUUCACAAAACCCAACAGUAAGGUUGUUGUAUAUUUUCUAACUAUUUAUUGUAAGAGAAUUAGUAAAAAAUAAAUGCACUAUAUAUUUCUGUACAAAAAUAAAAUAAAAAUGCUGUUGAAUAGAUUGGUUGUUUCUGUUCCAUGUGUGCGUGCACACCACCAGUGCUCAC